CCGUCUCUUAUCCCUGAUGUCUUUGCACGAACUAUAUUAAGUCACGCCGACCUGCGCUCAUUAAUCAAGGCCCUGAUCACUGGUGUCUGCACCAUUGUCACUAAGCUGAUUCAAUGGCCCAGGGAUUUCCAUGCGGCAGCAACUACCUUGUCAGGAUCAACUUCGUCGCCACUACCGCGCCAGCCUGGCCUUUUGGGCCCCACCGAGUUAGCGUUACUUAUAGAGUAUCUUCAGUAUGGCCUCCGAAUGAUUGACAUCACACAGAUUGUAGCUAAGGAUAAUCAACUUUACUUUCGUGGCACGUAA